AUGCCUUCAUUUCUUGAACCAUCGAGGGGUUGGCUCGAACCUUUAUUGGAUCCCGUGAUAAAAGAUCGUCGUACAAUCACAACUCCCGUCGUAGAAUAUCAACAUUGGACCUUUGAUGAGACCGCAACGAACGAAGUGCUUGACGGAAGAGGCGUUUUCGACUUGAAAAUGAAUAUUUUGGAAUUGCCGGUGAAUAUUUCGAUCAAAAAUUUCGAAAAUCCGAUUGUAACGACAAAAAUCAUCGUCGGAAGUGCAGAAUUUUUGAAAAAAGCUUCAAAUAAAAAAGCUGUAACAGGCUUGGAUGGCAAUUUUUUGGAGUUGAGUCUCAAAACGUGGCUCUGUUUGGAUGGAAAAAUUAUAAAAGUGCCUUGUUCGAGGUUCAGUCACAGUUUUAAGGAAGCAGGAGUUCAUACAUCCCUCGCAAAUAUCGGAAAAUCCAUCAAAGAUAAGGAAUUAAAGGCAAUUAUUUUGAAAUAUUUCGACGAAUUUGCCCAAAAAUUUUUUGAUAUCGUUCCGGGACGAUUUGGAUUCCUUCGUGACACUCCGAAAAGUGAAUGUACUUCGUUCAAGCAUUUUUUAACGAACGUUGCUCCUGAUAUGAGCUCCGUUUUCUUCGAAAAUCCUCCUCAAAUCAUCUCCGGGACGAUUUUUAAUGCAAAUGCUACUGACAUGUGCAUCGAUACGAGCUCCCAAAGCAUCGGAGCAGUCUUAGCUUUAAAAAAUUGUACAGAAAAUCCAAAAUCCAGCAACUAUUCCGUGACAAAAGCCCUCGAUAUUCGUCUUCCAGCCAAAAAUCUGUGUUGGUUCGCUUCGGAUACCUUCAAAUAUCAAAGAAUUGACGUCUCGUUGGUCACACUUCAGCCUUGCAACACCCUCGAUGACCAUCAAAAGUUCGAAUAUGACCUAAAAACAAAAAUAAUUCGUAAAACAGGAACAAAUUUCUGCCUAGAUGCGAUCGUUAAACGAAAAUUUGUCGCUUUAGCCAUGUGCGACGAACGCGUUCUCAUGCAAAGAUGGCAUUUUCAUUAA